AUGGAUGCGGCGUCCUCUCCCUAUCCCUCGGUGAUAUCCAACUUAGGAAACCUGUUGGGAAAGGAGUUUUCCAACCAACUGACCCAGCUGGUAGAUAGUUCUGACACCCAGAGGAGGCCUUGUUUCCUGCGCGUCGAGGCUAAGCUGUGUCCCACGACGGAACAUUUUGUGCAUUCAAAUGGUGCUAGCCAUGCGGUGGCUUAUGUGGACCUUCGAAGCGGCCGACCUGUGUGCGCGCCUAAUAUCACCCCUUCGCCGUCACCAGACAGGCAGGCCCAGCACCUCACACCAGAUGAGAUUGACACCCCGAUCGCGCCGACUACUAGACAACCCAAAACUCACGACACGAACGGGCCACAGAAGCGGCGAAAGGUUGUUGGCGGUCUACGAUUACAGACUUCCCGGGUUCAGCAUACAGCUGCAGGGAAUAUAGACGAAAGUGAAAAGUCCACGGAGGACGAAGUCCCGCAGAAGCAGCCUCAGAAAAAGCACUUGGUCCGCCAAGUGCACAGUGAUUCUCGCUUUCCUGUGCGGAAUGCUCACAAGGAGCCAUCUGUGCCAGCGUUAACGUCAACAUCAACUGAUAAAUUAAUUUCUGGGAUCUGGAGGCAAGUUCACUCAGAGGUGAAGUGGAGCCGUGAUAGCUUGUGUGUCGACCCGACCAUGCAUAUCCACGGGGGGAUGAGUAGGGAGGCAUUCCGAAUAGUCAAUUCCAUGUGCGUGACGUACCAUAAUCAAAGCCAGUCUUCGCGUGCACUGGAAAUGGUUGUCCAAGCAUACUGGGUUGAAUGCUAUGAAGCCCGAAUUGUCGCCAUCGAGCUGGAGAAGCCGCGUUUAUCUAAAACAGAGGCUCGAAUGAUCGCCCUAAGAGAAGCGUGUGCUGUGUUAAAGCUCACGGAAAAAGACCUCCGAAACCGACUAGCAAUAUGGCGUGGUUAUAAGGAGAUUAAAGAGAAUGGGGGCUGGGCUAGUCUGAUUUUUGCUGGCUCUGGCGUAUAUCGGUUCUGCAAAUAUCGGAUCGGGUUCAAUGAGGGCCUCACACAGCGACUACGGCAACUGCGACACAAUCUGGAAAUCGCCGCUGAUACUCUCCAUCCGGAAUGGCGGCAACUUCUGGGGGUCAUUGGCCAAAGGCCAUCACUUCAAUAUCCAGGGCAUCCACAUGAAUGGGUUGCUAUGGGGAAUUGCCCGGCUCAACCAUUGAGAUACACUUACCGUCACCUCGGCCAGGACUUCCUACACUAUCAAUUUAUUGAUGAAUGUGUUGUCGACCACAAUGUAUUUGGUGAAGAAGAUCCUCGACGCGUUCCUGAAGUGGACUCGGGUAUCUGUCCAACAUGCCACCAGCAGCAAGCCGAUGACAUUUGUCUAAACCGGUGUAAGUGCUUUCCGAACCUUUUCGGGGACGUAAAGACUCGUCCUGCUGUCCAGGUCUUCCAGACGGGGAAUGCAAAGAACAACGGUGUUGUAGCGCGUUUGGACUUUGAACGUGGAGUGGCGAUUGGUGAGUUUGUUGGCCUUGUAACAACUGGCAUUGAAGGAGUUGAUGUUAUGAUGGGCGGAUCUCCAGAGAAGAGCUAUCAGAUAUUCCAAAGGCAGAUGGGCAAUGUCGAUUGGCGUUACGACGUUACUAAAUGA